AUGUUCCAGUCCAGCCAGCUCUACUACAACCACAUGCGUCUAACCCACCAGAUGGAAGCGGUACCAUGCCCCAUCCAGGCUUGCCACAAGAAGUACAAAACCCGCAACGGGCUCACGACUCAUGUCGACACCAAGCAUCUCGCUGCAGCUAUGACGUGUCUACUGCCCGGUUGCGGCGAGACACUGAGGACACGGGACGACGUCUUCCGCCAUUUGCGAGAACAACAUCGCAUCCCGAUCCCCAACGACAAUGAUGCCUUGUUGGGUGUUGCUAAUUGCUCGGAGACGUGCAAGUACUUGGUUACGAUAUGGUGUAGAGUGAAUAAGAAGGAGGUUCCUGACUUGUCCUUCUUUGAUGGUGAGCAAGACGAUGGUGAUCGUGAUCGAACAGAUUCUGCGCAACAGAACUCUGGAAAGGCUGAGAGUACCUCAACUUCGGUCAAAACUUCAGCGGCAAGUACGACCACGGCAGUAAAAGAAGUCGAUGAGUCGCUCCCGCCACUGGGUGGAGGCUACACGAUGCCUCGAGAACCUCCAUACGAGCUGACCAGUCCGGCUGAUGUCAAAAAAAAUGCUCUCGAAAUCGUCAACCGAUACUGGCUAAGACGGCAUUGA